AUGAAUCUUUCAAACAAAUCAGGUAUUUCUGAAUUCUAUCUGAUUGGACUGACAUAUGGUCCAGAUGUUGAAUCGUUUAUCUUUAGCUUGUUCCUGUGUAUGUAUUUUGUUAUCAUCUUUGGAAACUUUCUUAUUAUCCUGGCCAUAAUCUCUGACUCACACCUCCAUACGCCCAUGUACUUUUUUAUUGCUAAUCUGUCCUUUGCUGACAUCUGUAUAAGCACAACAAUAAUUCCAAAGAUUCUAGUAAAUAUUCAAACACAGGAUAAGAGCAUCUCAUAUGGUGGUUGCCUUUCACAGGUGUGUUUUGUCUUGACUUUUGGUGGCUUUGAAAGCUGUCUCCUUGGUGUGAUGGCGUAUGACCGCUAUUUGGCCAUAUGUGAUCCCCUGAGGUACACAGUUAUAAUGAGUCCUUGUUCCUGUGUAUUGCUGGUUUUACUUGCAGUGUUCAUCAGUACUGUGAAUGGACUACUGCACAGUCUGAUGUUGCUAAAAUUGUCUUUCUGCACAAACCAGAAUAUUCUCCAUGUCUUCUGUGAACUUGUUCAAGUCAUCAAACUUGCCUGCUCUGAUACAUUCAUCAAUACGCUUCUUUCAUAUACAGUUACUAGUGCAUUUUCUGGUGUUUUUCUGGCUGGGAUUAUUUUCUCUUAUAUUCAAAUUGUGUCCUCUGUUCUUAAGAUCAAAUCAGUCCAGGGACGAAAUAAAGCCUUUUCCACUUGUGGCUCUCAUCUUUCAGUAGUGUUUUUAUUCUAUGGAACAGCUUUGGGAGUGUAUAUGAGUUCUUCAGUUUCUGACUCUUCUGCUAAGAAUGUAAUCUUUUCUAUGAUGUAUAUUGUGGUCCCUCAAAUGCUGAAUCCUUUCAUUUACAGUUUUAGGAACAGAGAAAUUAAGCAAGCCAUGAGAAUCCUUAUCUAUUCUGGGUAUUAUUUCCAUAAGUUGAAUUGA